AAUGCACCUACAUCUAUGAACAUAGAGUAUGACUACUGCAUUUUAUUUUAUAAGUUAUUUUUCGUUUAUUAUUACAAGUUAUUUUUCAUUAUCAUUUAUAAAAUGUUCUUUUCUUUUCACUUUGUUGUUCUUUUUAUUGUUAGUCUGAAUUCGUUUUUCCCUCUAAUAUGUUCUUUUUACUUUAUAAUGUCUUUGUUUUCAUAAGUAAGGAAGAGGAUCCAGAUAACGUACAAGUACCUAAACUUGUUAAGAGAAAGAAAAAUGUUCCCCUCAAGUUACUGUCACCCUUCUUAACUCAGUAUUCACACCUACUGGUUGGGGAAGAACAGUUGAAUCAAAAGGAAAAGGACAUGCGAUGCGUACUGGAUUAUGCCUUUGGAAAGGGAAGCCCAACUCAGGUGUUGUACACUGAUGAUUGGAAUAUAGUUACCAGAGAAGAGUUUCAAACCCUAGCUCCCAAUGUGUGGGUGAUGAAUAAUGUUAUUGACACUUUUGCAAGAAUACUGAAUGAUGAUCCAGAUCAAAGUGUCAAGAGUAACUUGAAGUUCUAUUUCUCUACAAUCCCUUUCAAUAUGCUCUGCCAGAAUGAACCGUAUGGUGGAUCACAGGAUAGUCAAGCAACCGAAGGCAAACGCUUAGAAAAUUUUAUUUUAAGUGUACGCCAUGAGUAUGUAACUGCUGGUGUGAAGUCUUUGAAGGGAUUCCAUCUGGUAAAAUUAUAAAAUUGUUCUUUUCUUUUUUACAUAUGUUCGUUUUCCUUUGUUUAAUGUUCUUUUCUCUGCUUGUAGUUGUUCUUUCCAGUCUGGUCUGGUGAUCAUUUUUAUCUCAUUGUAAUCAACCAAAAGGCGAAGAAGGUGGAGAUCAUUGACAAUCUCUCCUUACCUGAAGGAAUUACAUAUGAUGAUAAAUAUAAAACAUUUGCAGAAAGAACUUUUGAAGCAUGGACAAUAUUUUCUGAACAAGAAGGACAUCCUUUGCGGAAGGCACAGAUUUCAGCAUAUGAAAUUGUGUUGCUUGAAAUGCCAUGGAAGAACAGAACAAACAAGACUGAUUGUGGGGUAUAUGCAAUGAGGCAUAUGGAGACCUACAAAGGCAACCAGACUUGGA